ACUGGUGAAAAGCCGUUUUCAUGUGUGAACUGUGGAAAAAGUUUUAGUCAAAAAGUUAAUUUAACUCAGCACAUGAGGAUUCACACUGGUGAAAAGCCGUUUUCAUGUGUGAACUGUGGAAAAAGUUUUAGUCAAAAAGUUAAUUUAACUCAGCACAUGAUGAUUCACACUGGUGAAAAGCCGUUUUCAUGUGAGAAUUGUGGAAAAAGUUUUAGUCAAAAAGUUAAUUUAACUCAGCACAUGAUGAUUCACACUGGUGAAAAGCCGUUUUCAUGUGUGAACUGUGGAAAACGUUUUAGUCAAAAACGGAAUUUAACUCAGCACAUGAUGAUUCACACUGGUGAAAAGCCGUUUUCAUGUGUGAACUGUGGAAAACGUUUUAGUCAAAAACGGAAUUUAACUCAGCACAUGAUGAUUCACACUGGUGAAAAGCCGUUUUCAUGUGUGAACUGUGGAAAAAGUUUUAGUCAAAAACAGAAUUUAACUCAGCACAUGAUGAUUCACACUGGUGAAAAGCUGUUUUCAUGUGUGAACUGUGGAAAAGGUUUUAGUCAAAAAGUUAAUUUACCUCAGCACAUGAUGAUUCACACAGUUGAAAAGCCUUUUUCAUGUGUGAACUGUGGAAAAGGUUUUAGUCAAAAACAGAAUUUAACUCAGCACAUGAUGAAUCACACUGGUGAAAAGCCGUUUUCAUGUGUGAACUGUGGAAAAGGU